AUGUCAUCAUCUCCACCUACACUGGCUCUCCACGGUGACUUUCGUUCAUCUAAUCGGCGAGUUCGUCUUCAACAAAACGACAAUCUCGUCAAGAAGCUUCCUGAUCAGCUUCAUCACAAUGUUAUGACUUCUACUUUAGCACAAACUUUCGAGUUGACUCGGCGUGGACAUGAAAACUUCACCCUCUAUGCCUAUGCGCUACUCGAUAUCUCAAACGAAUGUGCCUAUGGCCGAGGCCGCUACUACGGCAACAUGGCCCCUGAAGUUUCCAUAGACCAAUGGAGAAAAGGGUCUCAGUGGUUUUAG